ACUUGGCUGCCUCUCAGCACACCACCAGCUUCUAAAGAACAAGAUGAGGGCAAAUCUCAUCCUUCUCUGCUUCGUCUCCGCUCUUCUGCUGAGCUAUGCUCCGACCGGCAUGUCUCAAACUUGCAACCCAACUCAGCUAAGCUCUUGUUUAGGUCCUAUCACAAACGGCUCUCCGCCGGACGACAGCUGCUGCUCCAGUCUCAAGGGCCAGCAGCCUUGCCUGUGCCAGUACCUGAGUAACCCAGCUCUUAGUGCAUAUAUUAACUCUGCAAAUGCCCGCAAAGUAGCCAAAUACUGCAAAGUGCCUAUUCCAAGCUGCUGAUCACUCUUCCAUGUGAGUUUGGAUCCAAAUUAAUAUCAGGCUAAUUUGGAGUUUCAGUGCUAUGAAUCGAACUCGUCUGCUAUGUAGGAUUACUGUAAUAAAGUGCAUGCUAUGCCAUGCGCAGCACAUAUUAUGGUUCUGAGAGUCGUUGUGUUUUAGUAAAACUCUAUUAUUAUUAUUAUGUCAGUUUGAAUGUUUAUGUAUUUUUUUAGUGGA